CAUCAUAAUCAUAUGAACACAUACACCUUAAUUAGUAUAUACUGGACAAUGUAAACAUAUAUAUUUGUUCAGCUUUUGGUUGCUCUAGAGCCAUAGACAUGAAGUCCAUUUUUGCCGUGUUCGCAGUCUUCUCUAUUCUCCUGAUUGCCAACUGUAGCUGUGCAACAAGGGACCUGGGAGAUUAUUGGAAGAAUAUGAUGAAGGGCCAAGCUAUGCCAGAAGCAAUUAAGGAACUUGUUCAGGAUCCACAAGCAUCAUAUGCAGGAAAGGAUCGUUUUAUCAGGGAUUUUGAUAUAAGGCCUAAUGUUAUAUUAUAUCACACCCAUGUUGGGUCUAGUACCAAGCAGAAGCAGAACACUUUUGCCAAAAACUAAAAGAUCAAAGCAGGGUAUCAUGGUUGAACAAGCUGUCAGAAAGGGUACUUGAAGCUCCCAUGUUGAAUAGUCAGGAUUAAAGAUGGUAGAUGUAUCUCUAGUCUAGAUAUAAUGUGAUAGAGAUCAUGAUGUAUUAUUUCUUUGUAUUGAGGCAUGGUUAGCAUUUAAGAUUGAUUCUUUAGGAAAGCUAUUGAUAUUUCAAAGUCUAUAUGUUGUUAGGAUCAUUUUUUUCUAUCCUCAAAUAAUAUCUCAAUUUACUGUUCCAUUCCAUUAACGAAA